AUGAGGAACGGUGUGAUCGAGCUGCAGGUGGCCGAGCUGCAAGACGAACUGGAGAAGGAACAGAAGCUCAACCAGAUCCUGCAGUGUGCGCUUCAUGGCCCGUACGUUUGCCAUUCGUGCGUCUCCUCGUUGGUUCCUCUUCAGGUACAGGUCCUUCUUGCGGAACUAGCGAUGGUGGAAGAGGAAAUCAUCACCCUGGAGAGAAAGAUCGAGGACUUGAAGAUGUGCAUUUAUCAGGAGAGGAAGCAGAAGAAGGAGAGGAGCUUUCGGCCGGCGCAGCAGCAUCAAUGGUGGCAGCGACAACAGAGGCACUUUCUAUGUGGUUUUGGAGGCCGAAGAGAUAUCGAAAAGCUCCAACAGCUACCAGGAUUGCAACACGAAGACACAACAGAUGAUGAAACUGAGAGAUCAAGGAGAUGCGGUGAGCCAAACCGGGAGUCGAGCCAUCACACUAGGCAAUGGUGCGGAGACGAAGAGGCCUUUCCUGACACACCAAACCAAGUCUCGGAGGAACUACUCAGGGCUCUGCUCAGCAUCUUUCACACGCUGAGCCAGAGAUCAGGUCAACUCGACUGUGAACCGCAGAACUCUGCGAAGCUUCACAUCUCCUGCAUGAGGUCAAACAGCUUGGUAGGCAGGUCCUCACACUGCCAGACGUCGACCUCUUCCUCAAAGGGCACAUCACCUGAGGCUGAUGGCACAGGGAGGGACAUGGGAUCGAAUCAGAAGCUUGUCAACGUCACGCAAGCUUCCUUGGACAUGAGUCGUCUCUCCCUGUGCAUUCCAACCAUUGGAAAACUGAGGGCAGUGAUACACAAACUCUCUGCUAUUAAUCCAAGUUUUUUGACUUACAAGCAGAAGCUUGCAUUCUGGAUCAACAUCUACAACGCUUGCAUAAUGCAUGCAUUUCUACAGCAUGGUCUUCCGCCCUCACCCGAAAAGCUGCUUGCACUGUUAAACAAGGCGACGAUAAAUGUCGGAGGUGUUGUUCUCAAUGCUCUGGCUAUUGAGCACUUCCUCCUGAGGCAUUCUUUUGAGAGUGAAUCUGAAGCCAUGAAUGAGAAGGAAGGACUUCUAAGGCAUGCCUAUGGCCUUGGGUACCCUGAACCCAAUGUGACGUUUGCUCUCUGUAGAGGCAGCUGGUCUUCACCUGCAUUGAGAGUCUACACAGCAGAGGAUGUGGUGAAUGAACUGGAAAGAGCUAAGAUCGAGUACCUGGAGACCUCGGUGAGCAUCACUAGCAAGAAGAAGAUCAUUGUGCCCAAACUUCUGCACUGGCACAUGAGGGACUUUGCAGAUGGCAUGGACUCACUUCUGGAGUGGAUCUACAGCCAGCUCCCCAGGUCUGGAUCUCUGAAGAGGUUGCUCAAGGAAUGUCUGAGCAGAGAUCCAAGGAUUCCUUUGGCUAAAAUGGUGGUAGUACAGCCAUACAGAGCUGAGUUCAGAUACUUGUUGCCAUCUCAAGAGGCUGCUCACUUCAUGCAAUUCUUUUGA